UCGAGCGCAAAACGUCCCUUUGUCGCAGGACAUGAUGUUGAUCUCAAUGCAUUUUCCGGGUUUUCGCGAGCCAAGAUAAUUGCGUAGCAGACGGAGCGAGCGAGAAGAUCAUUUGUUGUUGUUGUGUUCUCUCUCCCGCACCACGCUUCUUUGUUUGGUACGAUAUAAAGGCUGGUCUUGAACGCGGCGCUCGAAUUUAACAGAGUGCUGCCGUACGCCUAGGCGCAUUUGCGUUUCGGAACGGUGGUAGAUGACCUAAGCAUACGCGAUUCUUUCAACUUGUGAAAGUAUUUCACUGUGAACCCGACCUUACCGUGAACUCAAGGAUCGAGGAAUUGUGCAGUGACUGUUGGUGAUAUUGAAGUGCAGUGAUGAGACCCCCGACGGAAUACGAUGGUGGCGCUCGCGUGCCGGCCGAGGCGGAGGAGCCCGUGGAUGCCCGGGCGCCGGCGAUGAUGAUCUGUGCAAGACUGGCUGGCCGAGCUAUCAUCAGAGUUGUAGGGAGAUGUGAAGAUGCUCAAGAAAAUAGUCAACUUGACUUAUCAGAAUGCCAACUGAUGCAAGUACCUGAUGCAGUAUAUCACCUGAUGCGACACACGGAACUCAAGAGCUGUGAUCUCAGUGGGAAUGUCAUCACAAAAAUUCCACCAAAGUUUGCUGUCAAAUUUAGUUUAAUUACAGAGUUGAACUUAUCAAACAACCAGAUGGCGAGGCUGCCCGAUGAGCUGUGCACCCUCGCGUGUCUCGAGCGGCUAGACAUCUCCCACAACACAUUUGUGGCCCUGCCCGGCAUUGCCUGCCAGUGUCCCAGCUUGCACACCUUACUGGCACAUCACAACCAGAUUAUAGAGGUGGACGUCGAGAGAUUAGAAAGAUCUCGCGCCCUUGAGUAUGUAGACCUCAGUGAUAACCCCAUUCCUCCCCGGACACACGACCAACUGAAGCAACUGUCGCGACCCUCAGUCUCCGUCUCGGAGAGACAAAAAGAAGACUGGGAAGAAGACCUCAUGAUAUAGAAGAACAAGCUAUUUUUACCUAAUCUUUGCAUUCAGGGCCAGUAUAGGAGGACAUUCGGUAUAGCCUUAAACACAAUGGCUGGCCUAAAUGUGAGGCAGUAUGUCAGCCUAACAAUGUUACAAAAAAACUGGUCCUAACUCAGCUGUGAUUUAUCUCUGUGAAUUGAGGACAAUAUCAACACAAGUGUGUAGUGAAUUUGAUGAUUGUGCAAACUGUGAAUAAAUGUUUCACAAUGUGUGCUCAAAAUGCGUACUUAAUAAGCUUAAUGAAAUUAUUACUUUUUAAUGAGGUUCUAUUUUAUCAUUUUAUUGGAUUCAAUAUUACUGAAAGUAUGAAUAGAAUAAAAAUUUAGUAUCAAUUAUAUAAGAAUGACAAUGUUUGGAUGGAUGCUGUUGAUACAUCUCACUCUAUUGAUUACUAGUCCAUCACUUAAGUGCAAUGCUUUUAGAAGUUCCAAUAAGAGGAAUUUAUUAAGAUAGUUAUAAUAUGGGGGCAACAAAUGAGGUAAUUUGGUGUUAUCUUGAUUUUUCUACUUGAAAUGAUACUUAAUGAAAUUCUUGGCGUUAAUUUUUCUGAAUAACUUAAAGCAAAAAUAUUUUGCUUAAUAAUAAAAAAAAUAUUCUUAUUGAUUUAUGAAAAAUAAUGUAAAUUAAGUUUUUACUUGCUAUUUUAUUUUAGUUGCCCAAAAAACACAAAUGUGACUGACGUUCGAGUCGUCGAACAUGACUACUUUUAUAAUCAUAAGUACAUUUCAUAGAAUUUGUAUCACUAAGCGUAGAAAUAAGAUUUUGUGAUGUGUUUUAUAAGAAAAUUUACUUAUGAAAUUGAUUAAAAUUUGAAAACUACAUUUAA